AUGUCAUCAUUUUAUAAUAAGAAUUUGUCUUUAAGUCCUUCAAAUGGCAAAGCUUAUCCAGCAAGAAUAUAUGGAAAUAAUGAAGCUGGAAAUAUAAAUCGAAGGCUGUUUCGUUCCUUUCGAAGUACCAAAAAUGAUAUGUGUCCCGAUUGUAAAGAAAAGGGAAUAAUAAUAUGUGAUACAAGUGAAGGAACACAAAUAUGUAAUGGUUGUGGUCUGGUUGUCGAAAGUAAUAUAUUAUCUGAAGAACAAGAAUGGAGAAACUUUAGUAAUGAUGGUCAAUCAAAAGGCAAUGAUAGAAAUCGUGUUGGUGAAGUUAGUGAUAUAUGGUUAGAGAAUAAUUUAACUAGUACUACUUUUAUUAAAUCGAGUAAAAAAUUACAACACCUUAAUAUGAUGACACAAAUAAAUAAGAAUGAUCAAACAUUAUUAUCUGCUUUUAAUAUUUUAAAAUUAAUUUGUGAAACAUUUUUUUUGAGGAGCAAUGUGAUUGAGCGUGCUAAAGAGAUAACAAAGGAAUUACAGGAAAUGGAGCAGUUAAAAAAUCGAAUAAACAACCUGAACAUGCUAGCCGUUGUUUAUCUUGCUUGUAGAGAAGCAGGACAUAUAAAAAGUAUUAAGGAGUUGAUUACAUUUGAUAGAUCUUAUAAAGAAAAAGAUUUAGGAAAAACAAUAAAUAAAUUAAAAAAAGUAUUACCAUCUCGAGCAUUUGUAUAUAAUGAGAAUAUAUCCCAUUUAAUUUAUUCUUUAUCAAAUAGGUUGCAAUUAUCUACUGAUUUGAUAGAGGCUAUAGAAUAUGUAGUAAAAAAAGCAACAACGUUGAUUACUACAUCUCAUAGAUUAAAUUCGUUAUGUGGUGGUUCGAUUCAUUUAAUUGUUGAGUUAAAUACAAGUGAAGAAAAGAAUGUAAAAUUACCACAUCUAUCACAAAUUGCAUCUGUUUGUGGUGUAACAACAAAUACUCUUAAAACAACUUUUAAAGAAUUGCUAGCUGCAUCUGAAUACAUUUUACCAAAAAAUUAUUUGAAGGAUAAUAAUACAAAGCUUGUCAUACUAAAACAUAAAUAUUUACAUGAUGAUAAAAAAAAGAGGCGAUGA